UAUACUAUACUCUGUUCCGCAGCGGCUUAGCUCGUAAUUUUUUCGCUCGGCAUUAAGGCGUGUCAGAGAAACUGUGCGCACCAUGGGACCAAAAGCACGUGCUCCAAAAUGCAAGGCGCUCUCAGCGAACGUCGAAGGACAGUGUAGGGAACCACCGCGCCAAACUUUGUGUGGCAUUUCUGCUGCCAAGGGAACUUGCGUCCUACUCUCCGUGCUCGUGUUUUCUUUUGGAGCCCUCUUUUGCGCCUUCUUGAUGAACCUCACCGACCGCUGGGAGCUGCAGGUGACCGCGUAUGGCAUCGCCACAGCAGCCACCAUCGCCAGCCUCCUCUUCAUUUCUUACGCACGCACCAGUCCGGAAGGUGUCGAUGGGACGUCCCCUCACGAUCGCCAUCGCACAGCAACUUCUCGUCAUAACCGAACGUUCCAGGCUUCGUUCAAGAGUCGGCAACGGGAUGUUGCCCGACCGCCCCCUCUCUGGGUGCCAGACUGGACGGAUGCUGGUCCAUUCUUGAGUAACCUGAACCAUGACGAAGAUUGGCUCGUGCUGCCUGAAGACAAGACUCAGCAACUCUACGUUGGGUCCUAUCCAAUACCAACGCCGGUGCACACGUCUCCUCCAGCGAGUAGUGUCCUCACGACGUUCGGAAACGGGAUGGUUUGGCCAUCGCCCCCACUAACGCCGACAGAACUGCUCCGUUCCUGAUCUUCGCGUUGUGUGUCCAACAAGACAGCAUGCGGUUUUAUUUAGUGUCGCGUGAUGUGCUUCGAACGUGCUGUUUGAUUUUAAUUUGGUGUACGAUGUAAUGUAAUAUUGUGGUCAUAACAAUGUAUGACAUUCCUAUGCACUGACUGAUACCGCAUGACAACAGAUCCUGCACGUUCCUGGCACGCAUGGGUGUGUUGCUAGAAGUUGGUGUUGCAUAGGAUCGUAUUGAAGCAUGUGACUACGUUCAAUUUACCUUUUUAGCCUUAGUGAUCCUGCCAACGUCGAUUAUGCUUUACGGCUUGGUCAUGUAUCAGACGCGAAGCUUGAAUCCAAGCUGGUUGUGUGAAAUCUGACAAUAAACGU